UAACAGCAGCCCAGUCCCCGGCAGCAGGAGAGACAGAGGCUAAGAGGCUUUGCCAGCCCGCUCUGCCUGCGCUGGCUCUCCUGCAAGGAGCAUCGUGAUGGCGCUCAGAGAUACCCGAGCCAAUCAACUGGACAAGUUCAUCGAAGACAACCUCCUGCCAGACACCCCUUUCCGCACCCAGGUCAGAGAAGCCGUCGACAUCAUCUGCACUUUCCUGAAGGAGAGGUGCUUCCGAGGGGCCGCACACCCUGUGCGGGUGUCCAAAGUUGUGAAGGGUGGCUCCUCAGGCAAAGGCACCACCCUCAGGGGCCGGUCAGAUGCUGACCUCGUCGUCUUCCUCACCAAUCUCAAAAGCUUUCAGGAGCAGCUUCUGCACCGAGGAGAAUUCAUCCAGGAAAUUACAAGACAGCUGGAAGCCUGUCAGAGAGAGAAACGAUUUAAAGUGAAAUUUGAGAUCCACAAUUCGUCAAGGGCGAAUCCCCGAGCUCUCAGCUUUAUGCUAACAUCCCCCCAGCUGGACCAGGGGGUGGAGUUCGAUGUACUGCCCGCCUUUGAUGCCCUGGGUCAGUUGACCAGAGGCUACAGACCCGACCCUAAAGUCUACAUUCAGCUCAUUGAAGAGUGUGAGUCCCUGGGGAAAGAGGGCGAGUUCUCCCCCUGCUUCACAGAGCUGCAGCGAGCCUUCCUGAGGGACCGUCCAACCAAGCUGAAGAGCCUCAUCCGCCUGGUGAAGCACUGGUACCAGGAGUGUAAGAGGAGGAAUGGGAAAGAAGGGGCACUGCCCCCGCAGUAUGCCCUGGAGCUGCUGACAGUCUACGCAUGGGAGCGAGGAAGCGGGAGCCCAGAAUUCAACACGGCUCAGGGAUUUCGGACAGUCUUGGAAUUAGUCCGGAAGCAUCAGGACCUUUGUAUCUACUGGGAAAACUAUUACAGCCUUGAAAACCCUAUUAUUGGACGUUACCUGAAGAAGCAGCUCGGGAAACCCAGGCCUGUGAUUCUGGACCCGGCUGACCCUACUGGAAACGUGGCUGGUAGAGACCCAGGCAGCUGGUGGCUACUGGCCCAAGAGGCGGCAACCUGGCUGCGGUAUCCAUGCCUUACGGAAUGUAAUGGGUCUCCUGUCAGCACCUGGGAAGUGCAUCUGUUUGCAGUACACACUACUGAUGCUGUAAAGCUCAUAGGAAACUAUAAAAUAAUUGUGUCGGCAACAAAAGAAAGGAAAGGAAAGCAGAAAUCUGUCUUCAUUCAUGACUUCUCUUGGAUGAAGCACGAACUUGAGUUAAAAAGUACAUUUUCAGAGGGCAGUCUGGAGAAAGGCCAGACAUUCCAGGCUGCCUGUGCUUUGCCAGCCCGCUCUGCCUGCACUGGCUCUCCUGCAAGGAGCAUCGUGAUGGCGCUCAGAGAUACCCGAGCCAAUCAACUGGACAAAUUCAUCGAAGACAACCUCCUGCCAGACACCCCUUUCCGCACCCAGGUCAGAGAAGCCGUCGACAUCAUCUGCACUUUCCUGAAGGAGAGGUGCUUCCGAGGGGCCGCACACCCUGUGCGGGUGUCCAAAGUUGUGAAGGGUGGCUCCUCAGGCAAAGGCACCACCCUCAGGGGCCGGUCAGAUGCUGACCUCGUCGUCUUCCUCACCAAUCUCAAAAGCUUUCAGGAGCAGCUUUGUCGCCGUGGAGAAUUCAUCCAGGAAAUUACAAGACAGCUGGAAGCCUGUCACAGAGAGAAAAAGUUUAAAGUGAUGUUUAAGAUCCACAAUUCGUCAUAUGCAAAUCCCCGAGCUCUCAGCUUUGCGCUAACAUCCCCCCAGCUGGACCAGGGGGUGGAGUUCGAUGUACUGCCCGCCUUUGAUGCCCUGGGUCAGCUGACCAGAGGCUACAGACCCGACCCUAAAGUCUACGUUCAGCUCAUUGAAGAGUGUGAGUCCCUGGGGAAAGAGGGCGAGUUCUCCCCCUGCUUCACAGAGCUGCAGCGAGCCUUCCUGAGGGACCGUCCAACCAAGCUGAAGAGCCUCAUCCGCCUGGUGAAGCACUGGUACCAGGAGUGUAAGCAGCAGCUUGGGAAGCCACUGCCGCCUCAGUAUGCCCUGGAGCUGCUGACAGUCUAUGCUUGGGAGCAAGGAAGCAGGAAGACAGAAUUCAACACGGCUCAGGGAUUUCGGACAGUCUUGGAAUUAGUCCGGAAGCAUCAGGACCUUUGUAUCUACUGGGAAAACUAUUACAGCCUUGAAAACCCUAUUAUUGGACGUUACCUGAAGAAGCAGCUCAGGAAACCCAGGCCUGUGAUUUUGGACCCGGCGGACCCUACAGGAAACAUCGGCGGGGGAGACCCACGCAGCUGGCAGCGGCUGGCGGAGGAGGCUACAGCCUGGCUGAGUUACCCGUGCUUGAAGAAAUGGGAUGGGUCCCCAGUGGACUCCUGGCAUGUGCCGCCCAGAAAAGACAGUUACUGGACACAUGAGGCCUGUGAUGAUUGUCAGCACUGGGAAUUCUCUCCAAGACCCAUUACACUCCAGGGAGGGCGCCCUCCCUUGGAGGAAGAGAACUGGAGCUGUGUCAUCCUCUGAACACCGGAGGAUUUUAAAGAGGUCUUGGGUGAGAGUUGAGGACCCGUGCCGAUGAUCAGUCCACCAUCGUGAUCCAAUUCUUGAACCUUCUGCUUUCUACCUUCUUAAAAACUCAUCGAAUGUGUUCUGGCCCCUUGGUGGCUUGCUUCCUCAAUCUCAAACCUGUUGAGUCACACGGUACUUUUAACACACAUUUGCUGUCAUUUCAGUAGGCUCUUGAGUGUGUGUGCAGCCUACCAUCUCAAAUGGAAGAUUUCUAAAGUGACCUGUGAAUCUGGAAGAUGACUAUGACUAAUGGGGUGAGCAGGAAAGUCACGGUUUUAUGUCUGAAGUCACCUGGCUUGCAUUCCCUCUGCAACAUCCAGUCUUCUUCCUGUACUUGAAUGCCUCCCGUGAUGUAGCACUCACUACUCAAAAUAUAAACUGGGUGUACACACUGACAGUCUACCAUCUCUCCUGCGACUUCACCACGACCUCUGAAACUCACCAUCUGACCACAUCUACGUCCUUUCAGUUAAGGUGGAUUUCAGGAAGCCUUUGUUAGCUUUGUCUCCUGACAUGUACUCAGAGGCAGAGAAAACACUGGAUUCCUGACCUGAUGGGACAGAGGACGAAUGAGUUUUUGAGUGAGCUAGGGAGGAGGAGAGGGACUCUGGCAUGGGCCUGGCCUGCCAAAGAGCUCAAAGGUGCAGAUUCUGAUCACCUGGCUGGAGGGGCAGCGGGGAAACAGACGCGGCCAAAACAGGAAGGGACAGGCCACCAUGAAGAUGGCAGCAGCCAGGGACGGCCACGUAGCUUUACAUCUUCACGCUGAGGGCACCUGCUGCCUAGUUCUCUGCCGGCCUCACAGGGAUUUACCUGUUACAGCUUCAUCAGGUUUUAGUACGUAAUUGUGUGUGAGAGUUGCCACUGUAAACUGAUUUUCCUUUCUCAUUUUUCCUCUUUACAAAAAAAUUCCUUGUCACAGCUACAGAGAACAAACUAGUGGUCACCAGUGGGGAGAGAGGAGAAGGGAGAGGGGCCAAUAUAAGGGUAGGGGAUUACGAGGUACAAACUAUCAGGUAUAAAAUAAGCUUCCAGGAUAUAUUGUGCAACACAGGGAGGAUAGCAAAUAUUUUAUAACUAUAAAUGGAAUAUAACCUUUAAAAUUGUGAAUCACUAUACUGUAUAACCUGUAUCUUAUAUAAUGUUGUGUAUCAACUACACUUCAAUAAAAAUUUAAAAAAAAAUUCUUUUA